AUGCUCUUGUCCCCGCUCUCUCGCCUUCAUGCGCCUUUUCUGUAUGCACGCGUCUCUCGCCUCCGACGCCGCUAUCUGAUAUUGGCGCUGUGCUGUGCUGUUGACCGCCAUAUCGACACUCAACGGUGUUCGCCAUUGUCCUCACCCGUGACGCCACACUUCAAAACCACCAACCCCACCAAGGAUAGAAAACGCCGCCUCGACAGCCAGCCGACUUCACUUCGCCCGCUAAUCCAACAGAUCAAGAUUAACACUCGAACUCCAGACAACACCAAGCAACGCAAGGUGCAGAACAUCAAGGCCUGGAAGAAGACCCCGCCUCGGCGGUUAGCUCGCCCAGAGCUGCCUCAAGACGACCAAGACGACCUCAAGACCAGAAGACGCAAGGACGAAGACGCCGCCUCAGCAGCUAGCCCUAUCGGAGCUGUGACGUUCGCUGAGGCGGUUGGACUGGGCCAUGGGUUUCGCUCUGAGCAGGGUGUGAUUGACUAUGAGCGCGAGGAUUAG